UUGAAAUUCCGUCACCUCCGCCAUUACUCUAGAUCAGCUGAUCUCAAACAAAACAUUGUUGUCAUCGAACCUUCGACUCCAAAGUGUUUCCUCGAGGAUUUAACUGCUGAAGAACAGAAAAACGAUAAUAUCGAGAGUAAAAAAAGGGUAAAAUGAGUCGAAAGGAGGCACUUUCACAGUUUAUUCAACAAAUUCACGGACGUCCAGUGGUCGUGAAGUUGAACAGUGGAGUCGAUUACAGAGGUGUUCUGGCCUGCCUCGAUGGAUACAUGAAUAUCGCCCUUGAGCAGACUGAGGAGUACGUGAAUGGACAAUUGAAGAAUAAAUAUGGGGAUGCAUUUAUCAGAGGGAACAAUGUCCUCUACAUCAGCACCCAGAAACGCCGAACAUGAGCGUCUUUUAUUCCUAAUUAAUUACCAAUAAUUUUCCCCUCCCAAUUUCUAAUUUCACAAAGGACCAGGACAUCUCAUUCCCCAAUAAACACUCUCCAACCACUUUUCCAUGUUUUUACAAAUAAUCUUUAUUAUACCAAAUACAUGUUAAAAACUUCUCUCGAUGCAUACAAAUAUCAACGAAUAAAAACGGAAUCUCCCAAUGAA